UGCGUCUUUAACGCGUAAGCUGCGUCAAGGCAACGUUAUCACGGCAUAUUUAACUUUAUUUUAUUUUCUACGGUAUAUAUAUAUAUAUAUAUAUACACGCAUAGAUAAUAGAAGUGAAUUAUUUAUAAUAUUUGUGAAAAUAUUAUUUAUAAAUGAAUUUUAAUAUCAAAUUUAUUAUUAAUUGCCACGAAAUAAAUAAAUUUUUGUUGAUUAUAUCGUCAAAUUUUUAAUCGAGUAUAAAUAUAUUUGUCACUGACAUUUUAUGGAUGAUUUCAUUUAUUCGCGCCGAACUAUGACGUCAGAAGACAACCUUCCAAUCUGAUUGGCUAUCCAAAGAACAUCCUUAUAACUGCCAACAACAGCUAUAACUACAACUUUAACAAGAACAACUAUAACAACAACCACAACAACAACAACAACAACAACAACAACGAUAAUAAUAACAACAAUUACAACAAUUGACAACGUCAUACGUGUUUAAUCCAAUCGAAUAAUGUACUGCGUGCGAUCGUUACGUACUGCACAACGUAUACGGCAAUGUAUCUUCUCACGAGCGAACAUCUGAUCGUGCGUCGCGUAUUCGGUUACAUAUGCAUGCAUGUAUGUAUGUAUGUAUGUAUGAUGAUGUAUGUAUGUGAUAUAAGUAUGUUGUAUGUAUAUACCUAUCUAUCUCUACGUAAGUACGUAUAUAUGUAUGUAAUGUAUGACGUAUAAUGAGAUCGUUCAAAGAUUUAUUCUUUUCUUUUUUUUUUUUUUUUUUCUUUCUUUUCUUUCUUUCUUUCUUUCUCACUUCUUCUUUUUUUUUUUCAUUUUCUGCACGUUUAUCAUGUUGACGUCGAGCUUUAGUAACGAUAAGAGGAAAGAGUAACGGUAGCGAGACGACGCGUCGUUAACGAUGACGACGUCGCCGUCGUCGUCGUCGUCGUCGUUGUCGUCGUUGUCGACAAUGACGACGACGUUGUCAGUUUCGACGUCAAUAUUGUAACUAAUAUAUUGAAAUGAGAAUAUAAUAUGUCGGUGAUGGUUUUAGUAUAGUAUAAGCUAUAGAAAGUUAAUAAUCAUUGUUUAAUAUAUCAUUGUUAAUUCGAUAAAUACGUAGAUAAACGAAUUGUUUGUUUCACAGUAUGACUCGCGAUACUUUUUGUUAAUUUGUUAUUUAGAUACUUUUGUUAAACGGUCGAAGAGUUUCGUAUUCGUUCAUUGUAUAUAUAUAUAUAUAUAUAUAUAUAUAUAUAUAUACACCACAGUCGGGAGAAUUUUUAAAAACGAUUUCUCGUACAAUACGAAAGGUUCAAUUUUAUUUCAUUCCGGGAUUUUAUAUCAUCUACGACAAUAUUAUUCGACGUUCGCCGUUUUGAUUGAAUCGUUCGAUCGAUGUAAGUAUAUAUCGCCAUUAACGAUAGCGGAACGGAAUGUUAUGUCCUUGAUUUGAUUAGAAUUUAGAAAGCCUUUUAUUUUGUUUAUACGUAUUUAGAUCUAAAAGGUAUUAUAUAUUACUCGUGAAUUUCUUCUGUUAUAAUAAUAAAUAAUAAAAGAAUCGUAGUUUAAUCGUAGAUAUUAAUCACAAUUAUUUUCUCAUGUAUAAUCUAUUAAGUUAAUUUAUAUACUAAUCGUAAAUAAACAAUUUAUUUUGUAUCUAUGGCACAGAACGCUUAAUUUCAAGUAUGCACAAUUAAUGAUAUAAUAAAUAUGUGAAAAAAAAAAAAUAAUAAUAAUAAUAAUAUUUGCAUGAUGUUCUCGAUAAUCACUUGGGCUGGCUUAAAAAUAUCUGCACAUAUAUUAUCUUCUCUCAUCAAAAGAGAUGAUAUGUCAAAGUUUUUUUAAAUUGAUAAAUAUAUAUGUACACAUACACGUACAUACACACACGCGCACACACAUACAUACACAUAUAUGUAAUAUUAUAAUAUGUAUAUGUAUGCGUAUGUAUGUGUAUGUAUAUGUAUAUGUAUAUGUAUAUAUAAAUAUAUGUAUAUAUCUUUGUUCCUUUCUCUGUGUCCUUAUAUACAGUGAAAUCAACGGUGCAAAACUGGUUACUAUUUCGGCUCUCGAAAACAUCAAAAUGCCAUUAUAUUCGAGAUCGAACAAUUGUGCCUCGAAGCUAGUGAUCGUUCUACAGUUCACAGCUUGGAUCUCAGUUGGCAUAGUUCUUCUUCAAAAAGGCGUAACCUCCUUGCGAAGUCAGUCCACAAUAGAAACAAAAGGCGAUACACAGGAAAGAAAUGAUGCGACGAUCAGAUACUUAAAUGAUAAAACAAAGAGAACGGCGGAUAAAGAUGAUAUUUUUAAUGAUAUUACGAAAUAUAAAAAAGAUUUAACCGUCAAUUUGAAAUUAUAUCAGGAAAGGGAAAACGAUAUGUCGGAAAGACAUUGGAACCGACGUUCGAGUGCGACGAAUGAACGUAAUCACGUUGAAAAUAAUGUUAUUGAAGAUAUUAAUGAUGGGCAUUCAAUAACAAAGAAAUUGAACGAACUAAAGGAAGAGAAGAAAGAAGAAGAAGAAGAAGAAGAAGAAAAAAAAGAUAAAGAAGAAAGAGAAAGAAAGAAGAACGAUUUGAUUAAUUUAAGUGAAACGAGCACGCAACGUGACGUCUAUGAUUCGUCAUAUCAGUCGAAUAAAACCGAAGAUUACGAUAAUACCGUCCUCGAUCCUGCUAAAACGUUAAGUUCAACUGCAACGACUAAUUGGGGAAAGGAAAAAAAAAUACGUAGCCGUGCAAAUGCCGGCGGUGCUGCGGCCGCCAUUGCUAUGGUCGCCGUUGGUGCAGCUAUGCUCGUAGUUGGACCUAUGGUCAUUGUUUUACGUGCUCUUGAUAAAAGACGACAAGAAAGAAGAUAUUUAAAAUCAUUGAGGUGGGACGAUCAACCGCCUACUUACGAGCAAGCGACAUUAAUGAAUGAAGUUCCGAGAUAUUCAACCUUAAGUUUAAAUACCGUCCAUAAUUCCCGCGGUCCUUCCACAUCCUCCUCGCGGCCUACCGCAACUUCCUUCGAAAGAUCUCCUUAGGUUAAUUUAUUUUUAUAUUUUAUUGAUACAUACGCGUGAUUAUUUUGUUGGCGUACGAAUUGAGAUCUUUUUGUUUUCUUUUUUUUUUUUUUAUUAUGUUUCUUCCUUAUUUGUUUUUCUCUUUCUUUCUCUCUCUCUCUUUUUUUUUUUUUUUUUUUUUUUUUUU